AAUCUUGAGGAAGGCGUCACCUAUUUCUUUGCUGUUUGGGCCGAGACAUCAGCUGGUAGAGGCACGGAGGUUACUGGAAAUGUCACUUUAGGACCGAACGCAGAAGGCCCACCACCUCCAACAAAACCAACACUCAUACCUGGACCAUCAUCAGUGACUCUCGAGUGGCGUGAUGAGAAAAGCAAUGGAAUAAUUGGACAUUUGAUUCAAGCAAAACUGGUUUCCAAGGAAACGAAUGCAGUCCAGCAGAAAAAGCGGCACAAACGUUCAUUUGGUCGACCAACUCAUAUUCAUGGAAUCUGGGUUACGUUGAGGGUAGUUGAAGGAGCUGGUCAACACCAUGAGGUCAGCUAUCGCGAACUCGAGCCUUCAAGUUUUUAUGUGUUCCGUGUGUUUGCUAGGAACGAAAAAGGAGUCGGAAAACCGAGUGCUGAGACAGAACAGCUUUUUGUGCCAGCUUUUAUACCAGAAGAUCCAUUCUAUACUACUUGGUGGUUUAUAGCCAUGGUUGCUAUGUCAACUUUUGUUGUUAUAGUACUGGUGGUGGCAUUCUUGUGUAUAACCGGAUCGGCUGCUAAAUAUAAACGUGAAAAGCGCGAUUCUGUUGACAGCAUUCACCUGGCCAAUGGGAACUUUGUGGCAUUCCAAAUGGAAGCCAGCCAUCGAGACGUGGGCAGAAGCAGAAAUGAGUUGUCGACGAGACCUGGAACGAAGCAGUCAUGGCUUUCUGAUCGAGAUCCACCUGCAUAUGGCAGCAUAUUAGGCGAUCAUGAGCGGCUAAGGGGUCGCGAAAGUAUCGAUGGUAGCGGAAGUGUAGUGAAUAUGUAUGGACUGGAAACAGAUGUUUUACCUCCUGCGCCAAGCCAAGAAGCUAUGCAGAGGACUCAAAAUGAGACCAAAUUUCCGCGUUAUUCCAGGCUCACCGCUCUAGUUGGAAGAGACGUGAGAGGGAGUGCCUAUGUAUCUCAGCGUGACUCUAUCGAUAUUUUAAAUAGGUCCAAAUACGGUAGUCGUUCGGACUAUGGAAAUCCGAUAAGCAGGGUACAAUAUUCCCGAGCAGAUUAUAGUACUAGGGUAGGCUACAGUCAUACAGAUAAUCCCCUUCAACAAGAAGAAUUUGCUGAUGAUUCGUUCGACGAUGAAGAAGAAAGUAGUAGCACAAAAGAGGAAGCUGAGAACAACGCUGAUAACAUUGCCAGUCAUUACGGUAGCACUGACCAAUAUCGUGAUACUUGGCGACGUGUAAAAGCUAAUGAAGCGAUCCGCACUGCUCCUCCUCCUCCCACAUCUUCGUCCAGAGCCGUCUCAACAGAGAGUGGUAGCGAGUCGUCCUCAACUUGGCAGCCCCAACCGGCUCCAAAUCUUUCCAGCGGGUUUUCAUCAUUCGUGUAA